GCUACUUGAACUUGAUUGAACAUUUACUCAGAUGAUUUUGACAAGACUGCUAUGCAAUGGUGCAUAUCGUAUUUUUGAAUUGUUGAAAACUGUGUACAAUGAACGUUUUAUCCGAUUUUGAGAGCUCUGAUUCAGAAAAAAUUCGGUAUAAAACCGAAUCAACAAGAUAUAAGAAGAAGAAGAAGAAGAAGAAGAACAAGAACAAGAACAAGAAGAACGAGAAGGAGCAGCAGCAUCAGCAGCCAGAUGUAAGAAAUCGCAACGAAAAAGAUUUGGUUGAUUCAAAUUCGUCCUGCUAUUCCAAAAGUGAAAUUCGAAACAAAGACAAAGAAGACAAGCAUGCAAAUCGAUAUGCGUAUCAUACCAGUUCAUUUAGAAGUGACUGCCAUGACAAACAAGUAGGGAGCAGUUCUUCACACGAGAAAUCACGUUCCAGGGAUAUUGAUGACAAGAAAGAUUACGGUGAAAAGAAUAAAAAAUACAGAAAAGAAAAAUUGAGAGCUAACGAUGAUUGUUCAAGUAAUGAAGUUAAUUUUGAGGGUCUACGAAAUGAAGAAACACAAUUCAACAUGAACAGUCAGCAUAUGCAAUCAGAUACCAACGAAAGUUUAAUUUGUGGUCCUUCUUUACCUCCACACAUGCAAAAAAUAAAAGAUGAUAUUGAUUCUGUCCAUAACUUAACACAGAUAUCGACAAAUAGAAUAUAUGGUCCAACAUUGUACUCUACUGACAUGGCAAAUAAUGAAAAUUCACCAUUGUUAGGUGAUAAAAACAACAGACCAAACAGUGAGGAUGAAAAUAUUAUAGGUCCAAUUCUAGAACAUACUUCGAAUCAAAAUGAGACGUAUUUAAAAUUGGAGAAACGCGCUCUAGAAUUAAAGUUAGCUAAACUAAAUGAAAAUGAAAGAAAAAGUGUACAUCAGGAACGUGAAGAAUGGAUGUUGUCACUGCCGGAACUCCGUACCGUAUCCGAUUUGGGGGUAACCGCCAGACAAUUCAAAACAAAAGUAGAUGAUGAAAUCAAAGACCGUAGCCUUUGGACCGAAACACCCCAUGAUCGAGAGGAUAAAGUAAAGAAACGGAACCCACCACAUGACAAAAUAAAUAGUGAAAAAAUCGAGAAAAUGAAGCGUGAACGCAGAGAUGCAGAACAGGAAGACAUGGUUCGAAAACAUAAGAAAAAACAUAAGCGGGAUGAAUCACUCCUGGAAAUGCAUCAGAAAAAUAUGAAAAAGAAUUCAGAAAAGAAAAGCGUAUCUACAGAACGUCGUCCGUUUUCAAGAGAUACAGAUCUUAAAACAUCUAAUCUUUUUGACGAUAAUAUGAAGAAAUCAGUUUUGAAAAAAGCCCAAUUGCUGAACACACGGUUCAAAAGUGGUCAAUCGAAGUUUCUUUAAUUUUUUUUUCUGUCUAGAAUAUUGAUUUUUGUCAAGAUAAUCUCAGUCAAUCAAAAUUAUAUCCUGAAUAAUUAUGAAUAAACUUUAUAGUAAUGUGACUUCAAUUUGAAAAUAGAA